AUUACGUACGUACGUACCACUUUCCUUUGGUAACCUUCUACGUAAUCUUUUACUAAGGGAAAAGAAAGCGUCAUAAACGCAAAUUGCAAAAUACGUAAAAACACAGGGAAAGAAGGCAGGAACGCACGCCGCCUCCGGUACGCUGCUUCAGGAGCAGUGAAGUGUCUUCAUGGCAGUUCGUCGUGGACACAUUGAGUAUUUGAAAGCCGAAUUGCAGGACGUGUAUGAAAUGUCAAACGGUUAUGAAGACCACAUGGGAGGGGACGAGGGGAAGGAUGCAAAGACGAACCUGAUCGUGAACUACCUGCCUCAGAGUAUGUCGCAGGAUGAACUGCGCAGCCUCUUCAGCAGCAUCGGAGAAGUGGAGUCCGCCAAGCUGAUUCGAGACAAAGUCGCAGGCCACAGUUUAGGGUACGGAUUUGUUAACUAUCUUAACCCUAAUGAUGCAGAAAGAGCUAUCAGUACACUGAAUGGACUAAGGCUACAGUCCAAAACUAUCAAGGUUUCAUAUGCACGGCCGAGCUCUGACAUGAUUAAAGAUGCCAACCUGUACAUCAGCGGCCUGCCAAAGUCCAUGACCCAGAAAGAUGUGGAGGACCUGUUCUCACGUUAUGGACGUAUCAUUAACUCCCGGGUACUUGUUGAUCAGGGUACAGGUACGACAGGUAUGUCCCGUGGAGUUGCCUUUAUUCGGUUUGACAAGCGAUCUGAAGCAGAGGAUGCCGUUAAAAACCUGAAUGGCCAAAAACCACCUGGAGCCGUUGAACCCAUGACGGUGAAGUUUGCCGCCAACCCAAACCAAGUCAAGAACACCCAAGUGAUUUCUCAGCUCUAUCACAACCAGUCUCGGCGUUUUGGGGGUCCCUUACAUCACCAGGCGCAGAGGUUUAGGUUUUCCCCUAUGGGUGUUGACCACAUGGGCAGCAUGGGAGGGGUCAGCGUCCAAGGGAGCUCUGCCUCUGGGUGGUGCAUCUUUGUUUACAACCUGGGCCAGGAAGCUGAUGAGAGCAUCCUGUGGCAGAUGUUCGGCCCGUUCGGUGCCGUCACUAAUGUCAAGGUGAUACGAGAUUUCAACACAAACAAGUGCAAAGGCUUUGGCUUCGUUACCAUGACCAACUACGAAGAGGCAGCUGUGGCCAUCGGCAGUCUGAACGGUUACCGGCUCGGGGACAAGAUACUGCAAGUGUCCUUUAAGACCAACAAGGGCCACAAGUAAAGGGAGCAGGACAAUCAGGUGUAGAGGGGUAGGGGUGGAGGUUAUGGGUGGGGCUCUACCAGAUGUAACUUUAGAGCUAAAUUUGGAGUUUGGAAAAUUUGGCCCCUCAUCUGGGUUUAAGUGUAAAACAUGUUAAAUGAUAUGUUCACUUUUCUGCACCUUCUAUUGUGUAAAGUUGAUUUAUUUUGUCGAAUUUACAUUAUAUUUUUCCUUCUCAUUUAUCAUCAUACUAGGGGCUUGGGUUUUAACAUUCAGUGAGAGUACAAACGCCCAUGAUAUCCCAAAGGUAGAGUUAAAAUCGGCGUAAAAAAAAUCUGAAAAAUAUUGACUUUGUUAGGGAUGGAUCACGUUCACAUUAUAAUCGGGGUCACAUUUGUGUCACAACCAGAGUUCGCGCUUGUCAUUUUGGUGCCAUAGAUGAGAUUAUGUUUUGGCGACCCCAUUGUAGUUAUUGUUGUUUCCUGCGUGGCUUACAGCAUCGCUCCUCCAGCAGUCGCAUGUGUAACUGGGAGAAAUAUAAGACUGUCAGGUCACUAGUGCAUUAAAAUAAGAGACACAUUGAAAAAAGGUCUGUGAAUAACAGUGGAUCUGUCCGAUUGUAGUGGGUCGUGUGCUGCUAAGAGUUUUGCUCAGAGCCAGUGGUUUUGUGAAGCAGUGCUUUGUCCUGGGACUCCAUCGUGAGUAGAUCUGUAGAUGCCUUAAACAAUCAUCCAGAGGACGGACAUGCAGCAGCGUUCGGCAUCUUCAUCCGUCUGAAAAGGAAAGCACUUUUUAAUAAAUAAUAAAAUAAAUUUGACUUUAUUGAUCCCAUAGUUGGGAAAUUCCUGUGUUAAUAGCAGAGACGCUGCUAACAUGCUGCCCCCAGCAGGCACCAAACAUGUGCUUCCUCUGGGAAUUUAACCCAGGACUCUCAGUAUCUAAGGCAGGUGUGGUAACCGUUACGCUAUAGAACCAAUGCUGUGGUUUUAGGUGGCUGUGGAUAUCAUCUGUUUAUUACCCUAACAUUUAUCAUGCCAGGAGCCCAAACCCUGUAGUUUGGGUUUCGUUGUCCCUGUAUGAAUUGUUUUAAUGUAAAUUCUCUUCAGAUGUGAUCCCCUUUCAAAUAAUAGAUAUGGACCAAAAAUGGGAAGAGAUUCAAACUAUUACACCCAGAUAAUCACAAACUACUUUAAAAGAGGUACUAAGAUUUGACCUUUGAGUGCAACGUCGUCGAGACUUCUGUUUUUUUCUCUUUGUUUAUUUCAUUUUAUUUUUCUUUCUGUAUUUUUGUUUUUUAUGAUUUAUUUUUUGAAUUCUUUUUUUUCUGGUUUCAUUUACAUAUUUUAUUUACGUUUUCUCAAGUUUGGAGACAGAUCGGUGGCCUUUUCUUAGGGAGUUUUAGUUUUGAUUUGUUUUCUUUUCUCACUUUUUCCGUUUGUUUUUGGUUGUUUUUGAACGUAAACCAUUAAAUUUUCUUUUCUUUUGAUGAACAUUUUGUUUGGUUUGUUUCUUUUUUUUUUUCUUUUUGGUUCGUUUUACUUUUUUGAGGGAAAAAAAAAUCCUUCACUUGGUAAAAACAGGAAUAAUUUCACACAUUAAUUUGGAUGUCGAUAUCAGAAUUUAGUUGAAAAUUAAGGCUUUCUUUAAUUGACAUGACACUUCCCUUUUACUAUAAUUUGUCAAUUGUAUUAGAAUGAAACAUUUAAAUUUUAUAUUGAUUUGGA